AUGGAGGCCACAGGGAACCCUCACGAUAUUCACUUUGAGGACACGAACUACGCCGAAGCCCCGCAGCUCGAUCCUCUUGAGCAGGAGUUUUUAGAUCAUUUAAGAGAGUCUUCGACCCAUCAAGUUCAAACAUUGGAGAAAGACUCAGGACUUUACGUCAAACUAGAACAAGAUGUUGAAGUGGCUGAACUACCUGCUCCUGCGCCCCCACAAAACAACAAGAGGCGAACACGACGCAAUAAGGAUGACGUCGAAGAGCGGCAGGGGCGCGAGCGCAAAAAGCAAAAGAUUCAAGAAGAGCUGAGAGAGGUUGAACUAAUAGGAUAUAUGGACGACUCGGAAGCGUCAGAGAACGCGGAAGGCGAAGAAGGCUUGGAAGGUGGUCAGAGCUACUUGAAAGACUCAUGGAAUGAAUUACAGAAAGAAGCUGUCUUACGCAAGAUUGAAGAUCAAGAGGCACAUAAUCGUGUAAGCAAUGGGGUAAUAGCCCCGAUGGAACCAGGUUCAAACAGCAAUACACAGCCAAGUGAAGGUAAGGACUCUACCCUCCGGACCUUGGAAGCCUGUAAUAUGUGUAAGAUGAAAAAAACGAAAUGCGACGGCACGUUCCCUCGAUGCAAACCAUGCGUGAGAGCACGCGUGGUGUGCUGUCAUACGAACCCCUUUACGGGUUACCCAAUUCCACGGGGAGAUAGACAGAGACUGCGAAAAGAAAAGAAGGACUUAAUUAAAGAGCUGAGAAAGCUACGAUGGGCGAGAGGGCGCGUGAUGGAUCUAGAGGAUAGGCUCAUGCAUGAGUAUCAUGAUAUUCGGAUCCAAACUGAACGUGCCCAACGCCUAGGAGAGGAGGAAGAGGAAGAGAAAGAAGAAGAGAGAAAAGCUGAAGCCUGGAAAAUCAAUCGCAAAGAAAAGAAUGAUGCUAGAGAAACGGCGAUACAGAGAAAGGUCAAUGAGAUUCUGGGGAUUGGUCAAUCUGAUAACAUGUUAGUUGGCAUUGAGGAACGUCAAGAUCAGGUUCAAGUACCGCUGCCGACACAGACGCCUGUGCAUAGUUCUCAAAAUAUCGCUCACGAUAAUCACUAUAUCAACCAGACUCCAAUAUCAAGAGGAGAAAUCUUUCCCCACCCUGGGUAUCCAGUUAGCCCAACACAGCCGACCCAGCUCCCACAUAAAAAUGAUAUUUAUGCUGCUGAACCCGAUCGCUCGAAGUCAAAGACUCCGCUCAAUCAACCCGGGCGCCGAACCGGACUUCAAUAUCAGGCCAAGCAGCCGCCUCACCUUCAAAACCCGUUUCACUCUCACCCCCAACCCCAGCCCCUUCCCCCGAAGCUGUACAUUACACCCCAGGGAAUAAGUGUGCAACCCGGUGAUUACUGUAAACCACAACAAAUACCACGUAUAGAGCCCUUCGGGUUUUCACCACCUGGUCGUGCGCAGCAGCAUGGUGCUGGCUUUCAUCAACCGUCCUGGCAACAGCUGCUGCCACCAUCCAUGCCACGACGACAACAACAAGGACUGGGAAUGGGACUGGGGCAGCAGCAACCGUAUAACCCCAGGGGUAUUAUGAGACAAUCGUGCCCGCCUGGAACGGGUGCGCAAUUGCCACAAAGCCCUACGUUGGCUCAGGCAGCUUGGGGAAAUGUAAGCAGUGAAGGGGAUAGCAAAGGGAAUUCCCGCCCGUUCGAUGAUAUCGGUAAGCCUAGAGGCCGUCCGUGA